AUGGCGGCCUCCAUGUGGGGCUCGCUGCUGCGGAAGCUUCUGCAGGUCAGGCCUCACCUCGCCCUCUCCCCUGCUCCCGGGACCCCGCCGCUAGCGUGGCUGCAGGUGGACCCGGCAUCAGCUGCAGGACAAGUUCGAAGUUACUACGUCGACUGGAAGAUGUUACGAGACGUAAAGAGACGGAAGAUGGCGUUUGACUAUGCGGAUGAGCGGCUGCGUAUCAACUCCCUCCGGAAGAACACCAUCCUGCCCAGAGGCCUGCAG